AUGUCCGAACAAUUAUUAAUGAAUGCCAUCGAGAAUGGUGAUUUACAACAAGUCUCUACACUGAUCGUUGAAACAAAUGCCAACGUUAAUUUUAUUGAAUUUCAAAAUAAGGGUUACACACCUUGUCAUCUUGCUGCAGAGAAGGGUUUGAUGAGUAUUCUGGAAUUAUUAUUGACCUACAAUAGUGAUCCGAAUAUUCCGAGUGAUGAGAGGGUGGGAUCUCAAACUCCUCUUCAUAUUGCUACUUCAAAGGGAUAUAAGAAAAUAGUUGAAACUCUUUUAAAUUAUUAUGCAGAUCCUAAUGUACAAGAUGAGAAUGGAUACACUCCGUUACAUAUUGCUUGUCGUAAGGGAUUCUUAGAAAUUUCCAAAUUGUUAUUAGCAAAAGGAGGAGAUCCCGAUAUUAAGGAUCAACAAGGAAAAACUGCAUACUAUUGGGCCCAAGAAUACAAACAUGAGGAAAUUCUUCCGUUUUUAGUGGUCUUUUCAGCCAUGAAGGAAUCAGCAUCGUUACCCGUUGAGACCACAACUGAAUUGAAAGUGAAAGAAAAACUUGCCUCUUACGACUACACUAAACACCACGAACAAAAUAAGAUUACCAUUCAUGUCAUUAAAAAAACCAGACACCGAAGGAAAGAAGAAAAAGACCACAACAAAGAAAAAGAAAAGCAGUAA